CAACUGCACAGCAUGCAUUCAAUACGCUGAUCUGACCUCCCACAAUCGAACGGAUCAAAUUCUCUCACACCCAUGGAUGCUGGAGGCAAGAGAUGAAAAUGACCAGGAAGAUGCUCUACAAAUGUCGGCGCCCAGGGAAGACACGUUUCCGAGGUGAGCAGGACGACUAUGAGAUGGGGUUACGUCCGGAUGCCACCAGGCUGCAAGAAAAGUCGUGAGAAUAGGAAUAUUGGGCCAGGGACACAAACAUGUGGAUUUCUGAGGAAUGGAGGGAACAAAUAGGAAGAAGAGGUCGAAGAGAAUGAGGAAAACAGAGGUUUGGACUUGAAUUUGAGGAAGAUGGCGAUAAAAAUGGAGAUAGGGUGUUGAAUAAGACUGGUGUCAAGUGCAAACAGAGUGGGCUGUGCGCCAGCCCGAAUUCUGGAGGUGAAAUGGAAGUGAAUGAGGGCGAGUUAUGUGAGGUGGAAAUUGUGUUGAAGAACUCGAAACAUGAGCCUGGCAUCAAUGGACAUGAUAAAGAAGAACCUGGUCCAUUAGGAGUGACAUUUUGUAGAAAGGGGAUCCUUGCUUUUUAGCGGAUCCAUUUUUGGUUUCUGGGUGGAUGAGAAAGGAGGUGAUGGAAGGCUGUGUUUGGCAGGUUUUGGAGUAGGGGCCCCCAGUCAGAGAGGAUGUGGCGGCUGUGUAGAGGAAAGCCGAGGGUGCCAGGAUGCACAUAUCAGCGAGGCAUAUCUGGCCCUGUCUUUCACAGACAGAGUAGAGUGCUGGAACUCUGAGCGAAAUGAGACGAAACCAGGGUGGAGUAUGGUGAUUCCAGAUAAUACUGGGCCCUCACUAGCAUUCCCAUUAGUUCCAGGAGGGUACAUAGCUUCCAACCCUCCCUUUUACCGCCCACUUUCCCCACAACUACUGGCUGUUAGCCUGGCACUAGGCACAGAGCACGCAGUCCUCCUCACUGCAUCUGGAGUCAUCUACACCUGGGGCUCAGGCAGCCAUGGGCAGCUGGGACAUGGGGACCUGAGCCCCCAGGAGGAGCCCAGAGCAAUGGAGGCACUAAUGGGUAUGUCCAUGAGCACUGUGGCCGCCGGGGGUUGGCACUCUGUCUGCACCAGUGCUGGGGGAGACCUGUACGUGUGGGGCUGGAAUGAGAGUGGCCAGGUGGGACUGCCAUCACGAGCCCUAAGAGGAGAGCAGCAGAAGAGCCAGGACACAGGUGGUGCCAGCACAUGUAAAGAUGAAGAGGAGAGCUACGACGAGGUGUUCAUAUCAAUACAGGCCUUCCCAGCCCUGGUGGAUGUUACUCAGUCAUGUGAGAUCAGCAAGAUCAGCUGUGGGUCGCGUCACACUGCGGCAGUCACAAGUACAGGUGAUCUCUACACUUGGGGCUGGGGUGAAUACGGCCAGCUGGGACAGGGGACUGAGAACAGUUCAGACGAGCCAAGAAGGGUAGAGUUUUUCAAGGACCAGGGGCUGCGUGUGGUGGAUGUAGUGUGUGGACCAUGGAACACUUUUGUUUCUGCUAUCAAAGAGGACCCCUCUCUCCAUCCUGACACACAUCCUUAAUCCUCUAACCAAGAACUACAUAGAAUGGAAAAACUGCCUGUAGGAGUUGAGUACUAAGGACAGUGUACAGAUUGAUUGACUAGCUGCUUGUUUCAGACAAAUAAAGUAAAGUCAGUGACUAAGACUUGAUUACUUUUAUUCUAGCUCUUUAUAGAGUUUAAAAAGUUUCCGUUAAGAGAGCACUGACAUGAUGUAGAAAUACAUUUUCAAACAGAAAAUAUGAAUCUACACAGACCAAUAUAAUUUAGGUUGUGGAUCAGACUUUCCCGAACCUUCCCCCCCCCGGAAAAAUUCUCUACUUUAUGCACACUCUGUACUACUCAGAGAACAGGCUACUCUGGCUAAUGGAGCUUGUUUAAUAAAGUUUGAUCAAAGCUGAUUCAAUGUCUGCAAGAUCACAAUGAUGGUAUUCUACAAAACAGAACCAAAUAUAAUAGUAUGACUACUGUCAGACAACAACCAAAAAAUCCAUGUGGCCACUUGGCAAAAACACAGCCUAAACUAUGCUACAGUAACAUCUGCUCUAAAAUUUGCUCACUAGCCCAUAAUUAGAAACAACAAUAAAAACUUGUUGAGCUCUGAUAAUUCAAGUUGCCAGCAUGUAGUCCUAAAACCCAGGAAAUUAGUUACCUUUGGUUUGUUCAGCCAUCCCUGCGAAAAAUGAAUGGGGAAAGAAUAGGGUUUUGGAAUAAAUGCAGACAGUAAGGUCUGAGGUUAACACAGGCUGAGGAGAUCUUAUGUUUUGUUAUAUAUCAGAUACCAGUCAGUUAACAUGACUUAUGAAUUAAGCCUUUGUGCUAUGCUUUUUUUGUUGUUGAUUAUAUAAAUUCUUAAAUUCAAGAAAGUGAUGUUAGCUGAUAAAGAUUCUCAGAACAAAAAAAAAAUCUCUUAAGCCCGUGUUUACCUAAAUUUAUUUAUGGCAUUUAUCCAAAAACACCAUUAAUUUCCCCUUAGGCUUUGUCCAUGAACCACGGCGGAGUUGGUGCCUACAAAGACUCCAUUAUUAUCUCUAUCAUUCACGAUUGACAAUAAAAUGUGAAAGGAAAGAUGCAACACAAAUGUAUGUGUCAAGUAGGUAAAAACAUUGCCAGUGCGUGAUCCGCACAUGCCCAGAAGCUUAGGAACCUUUAGUCUGGGGGGGGGGGCACUCUGUAUAAUUUAAGGCAAAAUCUCAAAGUUAUUGGUAUUACAAUGAAAAAAAAAAAUAGAAGAGGUCCUCUUUUUGUAUGAAUCCAAAGCAUCCAUAUCCUGGUGUGUUAUUCGUAGACUUCACAGCACAAUCUUAAAAGAACUGAAGAAAAAUGUGAAAUAUUAGAGGGGGGUACAUAGUUCAAAUGUAGUGAUUAUGGAGAGAUAUUCUAAUCAGAUUUCAACUCACCUGAUGAAAUCUGGUGACCUGGAGAUAACAUGUUGGAACUCUGACAGAUUUACUGUCCCAUCUUUGUCUAUAUCUGACUCUUCAAGAAUCUGUCAAAUUGAAAAGUAAAUAAGUAGUUGCUUUACUCUUGGAUAUUGCAGACGGAGACUUGAAAUCAUAUAAAGCAGACCUGACUAUAUCAUACACAGGUCUUCCUUGAGGUAGGCUCACAUUGGGAAGAAACAAUAGUGGCCUUAAUCUGUAAACUUACAUUGCUGAUGAGCUGCCUCAUCUCUUCAGGUGUAAGCCUUGUGUCUUCAGUCUCACCAGUCAAACAGUUCACCAGCUUCUCCAGGUCCCCACCAUCCAGAGUGCCAUCGUCAUCAAAGUC